CUGUUCGCAGGAGUGCGGGCGGUUGACGAGUUGUCGCUGUCCAUUCCCAAAGAGGGAAUGACCAGCAUCGUCGGGCCGAACGGGUCCGGGAAGUCUACGCUGGUGAACCUGCUGAGCGGCGUGCUGCCCCUGGACGGCGGGAUGGUCAUCAUCGACGGGGUGGGGUUGAGGGUGGUCAAGGCGUACGAGAACCCCGAGCACAACAUCACGCGGACGUUCCAGGAGGUGCGGCUGUUCGAGCAGAUCACGGUGUGGGACAACAUCAUGGUGGUGCUGACGGCCCGGGGCCUUCUGCCUGCGCUGCUGGAGCGGGUGCGUCCGGCGCACCGCCAGAGGGCGCAGAGCAUCCUCGAGACCGUGGGCCUGUGGGACAAGCGGCGCGAGCUGGCGAUGAACCUUUCGUACGGGCAGCGGAAGCUGCUGGAGAUCGGGCGGGCAAUGUCGCUGGACGUGCAGACCUACCUGUUCGACGAGCCGUUCGCGGGGCUGUUCCCCCGGAUGUUGGACCGGGUGCUCGCGAUCCUGAAGCAAAUGCGAGAGGACGGGUACAAGAUCAUCUUCGUUUCGCACAACAUGGACAUUGUGCGCGAGAUGUCGGACCACCUGAUCGUGCUUGACAGCGGCAGGCUGCUGGGUGAGGGCGAACCCGACGAGGUGUUGAGCAGGCAGGAAGUGAUCGAGGCCUACCUGGGGGCGUGA